GCACCUUCCUUCGUUACGGAACCACGCUGGACCGGUGGAUGGAUCUUUCACAUAUUCUCUGUUUUCCCUGUUCCCUGAAAGGUUGGAACCGCCUGGUGAGUCCUGGAACAGAGCCAUGGCUUUAAAGGUGAUCCAGAGGAUUCAGUUACUCGGGCAGACAGGGGCACACCUCUGUGCUCCAGGCAGGCUGGGUCGCAUCUCCAGACUUCUGAGUGCUCCGGUAGGGGAGCCCCUGUGUGUGGCGUGCCUAUGGACCUCAGCGGGAAGCUGUAUCCAGAGACACCGCUGUCAGAGACUCAGUAAGCCAGCCUGUGGGAGGAUGAGUUUGUCCACCAUUGCCAAGGACGCUUUCUACACCACUGGGUCAGUCGGCCUCCACAAAGACUCCGUCCCCAGGUUCCGUCUGAGCCAGCUGCACCGGCCCACUGUUGCAGAGGAGAAAGCCUUCCUGGACCGCCUCAGCAGUUGCUCUUCCUCUAGACAGGUCCUGCGACUCCUCCGCACUGUGGAGAUCAUGUCUGACACCAUGGCAGCGGCAGCCCUGCACCGAGUGGCUGACCUGGAGCAGGAUGGCACCUCCCUGAAGGACCCCUCAGUGCUGGAGAAGGACCCUCUCAGUGCGCUGUGCUGCCAGCUAGAGCAGGACUCUGGACGUCUGACAGAGGCCGGGCUGGUUUCUGCCCUGCUGGCCUGCACACGCCUCUACGUGGACCCCUGGAGCACGCUGGUGGUGCGGCUGGUUUCGGAGAGCCAGGAGCGGCUGGACAGGGGCCAGAUGAGCAUAGGACAGCUGUGCACCCUCGGCCAGGCCCUGUUGGCCCUGGAGGGCCCGGGCUGUGGGAUGCUGGAGCAGGUGAUGGAGCAGGUACAGAAGCAGGAGCCAGGCCAGUGGAGCCUAGCAGAGCUCACUGCUGUAUACGGACUGCUGCAGGCAGGAGUAGGGGAGGAGGGCAGCUACCAAGACCUCCUAAACGCUAUGCACACCCACGCUGUGUCAGUCACCUCCCAUAUGGACCCCCCUGCUGUCAGCGGGGUGUUCAGUGCCUUGGUUGUCCUGAACCAGACCCAGGCCAUGCCCCUGGUCAUCAGUCUGUGUAAGCAGGCGGUCAGGCACGUACCCCACUUCAAAGACGAGGAGCUGGGGCUAGUGCUCGGGGCGCUCAUGCACUUUGGACACAGCGACCACUUCUUGGUGAAGGCUAUGGAGAGACACGUGCCCAAGAUGGCGUUUACCUCCCACCCAGAGACAGUCACCAAGGUGAUGGAGUACUUUGGGCGCCGGAACAUCCUGUCGCUGCCGGUGUUUGACGCUGUGGCGGAGAGCUUUGUGUACCGGGCGGACGACUACAGCACCGGCCAAGUGGCCAGGCAGAUCACGCCGUUCGGGAAGCUGGGCUACCUGCCGCCCAACGCUGGGGAGGUGUUCCGGAAGGUGGAGGCCAUCCUGCGCGCACGCUUCUCUCAUUUCCAGCCCAGAACACUCCUCAACCUGCUGCACUCCUGCAUCCUGGUAGAGAGGUUCCCUGUCAACUUUGUGUCCAAGGUCUUCAACUGCUACUUCCUCCAGCAAUUACAAGAGCAAGGUACGGGGGUCGACCGGGUUGUACUGGCCCAACUGACCCAACUCUACAUGACUGUGAAGCUUGAAUGUCCUUUCUAUGAGGGUCCAAGGCUCCUUCCUAAGUACCAUGUCAAGUCUUUCCUUACUCCUGGUCGGUCUCUGGAGACGCCGGUUGACGGACACCUCUACAACUAUGUGAAAACUGGACUGGUGGAUCUACUAGGGGCCCGCGCCUACUUCGCUUCCAGAAUCCUCACUCCAUACUGCUACACACUAGAUGUGGAAAUAAAGCUUGAUGAGGAAGGAUAUGUAUUGCCUGCCAGUCAAAUCGAUGAUAUCUUCAAGAGGAUAGCAGUUUGCAUUGACGGCCACAAGAGGUUCACUGUGAACACAAGACAGCUGCUGGGAAAAGAGGCCAUCAAGCAGCGGCACCUGAGGCUUCUGGGAUAUGAAGUUGUUCAGAUUCCUUACUAUGAAUUUGAGAAGCUUCGGAACAAGACCGAGGUUGUUGAAUAUCUUCACAAAAAGAUCUUCCCCCUCAGCUACAGGCUCAGUUGGUGAUGACUGGCACAAAAGGUCUUUGUUGCUGCCAUACAGCUAUAACACUGUGAGCUAUACAGUUUGGGCACUGUUUUUGACUUUUCAAAGUGCCACAUUGUCCAACAUUUCUACCGGAAGAGAAAGCAUAUCGUUCAACUAUAUGAAUACCGUCAACAAAUCAUGUAUUUAUUGCUUUUGAGUGAUUGUAAUUCUACACACUACUAGUGUUCUAUUGUAUAAUUAAAGGUAUUAUUUAGUCUUGUUUCUCUCCUUUGCUUUAAUCCACCAUGAUGGACUUCGCCAUGGCAAAAUUUGAAAUAUAUAAUACAUGUAUAUUUAUUGUUAGUAGGCAACACAGUGCUGCAGUAGAAAGUUAGAACAACCAAAUACCAAGAAUCACCUUGGAGGGGGAAAAAGUACAUUUGUUCAUACAAAGAACAAGAAUUUUGAACAUAGCCAAGCAUCACUAUCGAUUAUUGAUUUACAUUUUUGAUAAAUGAUUAAAUUCAAGAGAACCUAAUUAAGGCAAGUUGUUUU